AUGGAACAGGUUCCUGUCAGAGGCUGAGAAGGCACAAUAACUUGAAGAAUAUGGACACAGAUUCAGAGUGUACAACCAGUGGCACAUGUAUGUGUGAAGCUCUGUGUGAGAGUCAAAACGACGCUGGCCAUGGAUCGUGUGACUGUGGAUCUCAAUAUUUUCCAGUCUGGCCAACAGUUUUUGGAAUUAUAGGAGCAAUACUUAUAUUCAUCUUUUGGCAUCAUCAGAUUGCUAAGCUCUGCAGAAAAUACAAGUACAAUGGGACACUACACCCACACAUGAGGGAUGAACCGCCACCUCCUCCCCCAAGAGAAAAUGCUGCUGAACACCCACGGGAAACUGCUUGGGAUGCUCCUCCUCCUUACGAUGCCCUUACUAAAACAGGUCCCCUUCCUCUGCCAUCUGGCAUCUCAAUCAUCCACACAGACAAUCCUCCUUCCUAUAAUGAUGUGAUUAAAAUGGACCGAGAAGCACAGAAAGCCACAGCAUCCAACAGCAAAGAAGCAGAGGGUCCAGAAGAAAGAGGGAAGAGAAAAAACUCCACCAAAAUUGACCUGGACGUGGAACAAGGAGGACAGUGGGCACUAAAAAUGUAAAUGGAGGAUCUUGGAUGACAUUAAUGACUGUCCAGUAACAUUCAAUCAGUAUGGAUUAUGUUUUUAUUCCUGGGUUAUUAGAUAUAUUAGGGGUGAAAAGUAUUUGCGGGUCUUUAUUUAGCAUUAAGCCUUGGUUAAGAAAAUACAUGCCAUAGAAAAACUUCCUUGUCCAAGUACCUGCUGUGUAAUCUUUCAUUUCACAAUUAAAAGUCACUAUCCUAGAAUUCAACAUUUUGCUCUUAUUUAUAAGUGAUCACCUCUUAGUAGUUUAUCAUUGCCUUAUCAUUGGUAAAUGUUUGCAACAUUAGUUACAAGUGUUUUAAUUCAUGAUUAUGAUUGGUAGAUACAUGCAUCAUAGGUAUUAGACUAUCUCAGGUCCUGAUACUGCUAUGAUACUAGUUUCAUAUUUGCCAUCUAGGUUAGAUUAUUGACAUACUGUGUAUUUAGCUGCACUUUAUAGUAGGUAGUCAAGUAGUUUUUCAAUUUUGAAUGGUCUGUGAUCUCCCUUUCAUCCUUCUUCACCUCCUUUUUCUUCCUGAUCAAGCCUGAAAGCUGUCAAUGCUACUGGGUGCUAAAUAGCCACACUGUGUGGACAUAUUCAUAACACUUAUUAUCUUUGUAACCCAUUUACGGUGGGAGCCCCCAGUGCCAUACCAAACAGUACAUUUGGAGUCUGUGGAGUCUGCUGCUUGAGGGAAAAAUUAGAAGCACAGGAAAUAAAAUUACCUUGUUCUCAAUGCUCUUGGUUGCAGCAUUAACAUUUUUUAGGUAAUGAGAUAAAAUGAGGCUUUAAGCCUAUUUUUGUGGGGCUGUUUCUGCUCUACAAAUGCAGCCAGGGCUAAACAUACCCACAACUGUUUAGCAUGCACAAUUUAGUGCAGACUGUACUGUGCAUGAUGCAAAGAUGUCAUCCCAACAGGAGAGCUGGUCUACAUGAUAGGAAGUCACCCUGGUGUGAGUGCAUAUGCCAGUACAUCCAUGUACAUCUCAGGGAUGUACUCUUGCAUGUUCCUCAGAAAAUGUCCUGGGUAUAUUUCUAACAUAUUUAUGCCACACAUUAUAGACAACAAGUAUUCUUUCUAAGUAGCCAUAACUUCAUAAGAUAAUCUAAACAAGAGCUAAAAUUGAACCUUAUGUAUACAUGAUGCACUGUAGAUUAAACAUCAUCUCCAGACCUUAUACCUACAUGGGAGAUCCCAGCAGCAGACAAAACAAAAAACACAGGCUGAACAGUUAAGAUGUAAAACUUGACAUACUGCCAUACUAAACUGACACAUACUCGUAUCAUGUAAGUAGUGUGUGUGUGUGAGUAUUAUCACCACAUCCAAAGUGUUCUCUCUGUAGUUCCAUUUUUAUAUUGUUCAAUAUUAAUGUAAAGGUAGGAGGUCACAAAAAAAAAAAAUUCAUUCAACCUUUCAAAAACAUUGGUAACCUAUUCCUUCCAGGUCACUCUCAGGUUCAAAGACAAACCAAGAGAAUGUUACAAUAUCACUCUAAAUUAGCUUAACCCCUUCCUGACGGGUCACACCUAUAGGCAUGAAAACAAACUGCUUGAAAUGUGGUGUGCAGCUGUACGUAGCGGCAGCAUGCCAGAGCGCGGUGAGGCGGUGAUUCAACCUGAUGUAUCAAACUCACAUGUUCAAAGUCGGUGUGCUGCCAUUGAUUGCCAGAGGGUAGAAUUUUUUUUUUAGUUUUCUUAACCUGUCACCAAGGGGUUAAGUACCCUGUUGAUACUAACAACAAACCACUGGCAGUAGGUUCAUAGGCUAUGACAAGAGAACUUUUUCAGGAGAUAUUUGUAAAGGCUUUUUAUGGGCAGUCUUUAUGAAGUAGAAAACAUAUUCUGACAAGAAGUUUUUGUUGGAUACAUAUCAAAGAUGCUUUGUUAUAGUGCCUUUCAACUUUUAGGUUAUAAGAUAAAAAAAUCCAGUUCUGUCAUUUACUUUUGUAAUUGUUCGAAGAACCAAUGAUAUAAUUAGAUUACUUCGCAGUAUGUUUAGGUAUACAUAAGCACUGUAAGGGUUCAUGGUUCAUAGUCUUAUGAGUUAAGUGUUAAUAAGGUGCUAAAACACUUCUGCUAUGAUAAUUUUGCUGCAUUCAGCCUUUUAGUAACAUGUUUCUGUAACUUGUAAAUUGCAACUUUUUUAUGUGCUCAGAAGUUAAUAUUUAAUAUUCAAAUAAAAAAUGCAGAGAAAUGUAAUUCUUCAGAAGAAUUUCUCAUUCAAUUUGUGCACAUGGCACACUAGUAAAGUGCAUUUCUUCAUUAUAAUCUCAUGGUAUACAUGGGACAGUUUGUAAACUUACUGAUACCUAUUUUUCCUAUGUAUUGUGACUCAUCUGUGAUUGUUUCAGUGUGCCUGAUGUAACACAAAAGACAGAUCAGUGACACAUUUUUUUUAUAAAGUGUAUUCACACUAUUGAUUACUAUAAUCUCACUAGUAAAUUAUUUCAAAAUUAUGAUAGUCAUACAAACUAGUCAUUAGUUUUAAGGCUUGUAAUAGUGUUUUAUUAAAUGUUUAAA